AUGGUCGUUGGUCUCGGUCGGUGGUUCGCUCGUCUACAUCAACUUACGCGCCGUUUCGUCCAAGAACAACCAGUACUCGUCGCUCGUGCUCGCCACUGGACCACCCUCCAUGAUGGAAUUCUCGCCGAAGUACCAGUCGACGAAAAUGAUAUGAAAACAGCAUCAGAUCCUGCGCACUUUGGAUUAAUUCACGGUGAUGUCAACCCGAGCAAUUACUAUUGGGACUCGACUAUUGGAAUGCCAUGUAUGUUCGACUGGGAUCAACUACAACAAUCAUGGUUUCUCUAUGAUUUAUCUGCACCUGUUAGAGGUGUUAUCUCACUCGAACAACAUGGUUCGCCUAUUGAUCGAUCACCGGUGCCACAAGCAAACUCAACGCUCUUUACGACGUGGCUUCUCGAAGGAUAUAAAUCAGAUGGUGAUCGAGUUACUGUUGAUCGUGCAGCUCUCCAAAGAAUGGUGAUGAUUCGUCGAGAACUCUACAGAAGAUUUUGUCGAAAGGCUCUUUUGGAAUUACCUGCUGAUCAUCCCAUGGCACGAUUUUGCAAAACUAUUACUGACUUUUUUGACAAGGAAGAGGCAGAAGCAUCGUCGCAAUCCACGGUGUCAAACUUAAACAUCUAA